GUUUGCCACCAUCAUGUCAGGACCUUUGGAUCCUUCUCACCCUCAAGAGCAUGGUCACUUGAGUGGAAAGUUGUCCCCGGAUGUAGUUCACUCUCAGGACUCAAACAAUACAGUGACCGCAAACACCAGAAAUGCCUACAAACCUCUCACCGACGCGUCCUCGGUUGAUCUUCUUUUCCUCCAGAUACGCGCGUUCCUCGAAGCCAUAGAGGACGUUGACGUAGAACCAGAAACUGUCCAGGAACUUAUUCAACUCCUGACUGGGAAGGAAUCUAAUAUCGAAGAUCAGACUUCUGAAGCUAUAGAAGUGUUGUCCGAUGAUGAGCACGACGAUGGUAACGAGGAUUACGACCCGGAAAAGGACUCAGAUCCACAGGAGCUCGACAUUUCUGCUCUUUUUACUCGAAAGCACGAUGAUACCUGGAGCAAGGCAGAAAUAAAAUCUAUGAUGCAUGACCUGAAAGAGAAAGGGUCUGAGUAUUUUGUAAGACACUACGUUGUCCUUCUCGGAGUUCCAAUCCCUAAAUUACUGCUCGCAUUUGGAAUCAACCUGUGUUCAGAAUUAAGACAUCUUAGCGGACCUACAAUGAGAUACUUUCUUCGCGUCGCUAUGUUUCGAGAGCUUCGAAUUCGUGAGCGACUGACACAAUAUAGCACAAUCACCGAUGCUGUCAAUCUCAUUCGCAAAAGUAAACGUAUCCUCAUCCUCACUGGGGCUGGUAUAAGCGUUUCCUGUGGAAUUCCCGACUUUCGAUCGCGUAACGGCUUGUACGCGUCGUUGGGGGAGUACGAUCUUGACGAUCCUCAGCAAAUGUUCGAUAUAAAUUAUUUCCGUGAAAAUCCAUCUGUAUUUUAUUCGUUUGCCAGCCAGAUAUAUCCCUCGAAUUUUGUACCAUCACCUUGCCAUCAGUUUAUCAAACUCGUUGAAUCUCACGAUAAGCUCUUGCGUAAUUAUACCCAAAAUAUCGAUACCCUAGAAGUCUCUGUGGGCGUUCAGCGGGUAAUUCAAUGUCAUGGAUCGUUUGCCACUGCUAGCUGUUUGCUCUGUCGUCGACGCGUUCCGGGGAAGGAGAUUGAAGUGGAGAUCUUGGGGAGAAGAGUGCCUUUGUGUAAAGUUUGUAAUGCGCCUGGGACCCCGCCGAAGAAGACCAAAAAGAGUAAGAAGAAGGCGAAGGGAGAGUGGGACAGUGAUGAGGAGGAUGAGAGUGAUGGGCCUACUUAUCCGCCGGGCAUAAUGAAGCCAGACAUCAUUUUUUUCGGAGAGAAAUUGUCGGACGAGUUCGAUAAUUCGCUCGAACAGGAUAGAAACAUUGUAGACUUACUUAUUGUUAUCGGGACGUCUUUGAAGGUUGCACCGGUUGCUGAUAUUCUCUCGCACUUACCCCAUUCCGUUCCACAGAUCUUGAUCAACAAGACACCGAUACGCCAUAUUAAUCCAGAUAUUGUUCUUCUUGGAAAUGCAGACGACAUUGUCAUAAACCUUUGCGAACAACUCGGCUGGGAACUCCCACCACCAGAUCCUGCGCCACCAACCAUAAAUUUAACCGGUCGAUUGCAACCUCCGAGAGGGAACCCGAACACGAAGAAGAGGGUCUCAGAAGAGAUUAUAGAAAGUGAUCCACCUCGUCAAGUUGGCGACAGUCAUGUAUGGUUAUUCCCUGGUGCCGAGGGAGGGAAGUGGCUUUCGGAUUUGGAGAAAGAGGUCGAACGUCGUGCUCGUGAGACCGAGGGAGCUACCUCAGCCAACGGUGCAAUGUCAAUCCCUCCGACGAGAGGUUCGUCGCCAACAUCUAGAUCUGCUAGUUUGACCCGGGAGGUGAAGAAAGCUAGAAUUAUUUGAGGUGUCGAUAGGCUCAGCGUUGGUCCUUGGUUCUGAUUUAUAGUGUUCUGUUUUUGUUUUUUUGGGGUGUAUAUGAUCUAUUACUAGA